GCAACGGAUUUGGGAGUCUACUGGCGCCUCGUAGAAGUGCACUUUCCGGGCGGUCGGGAGGCCGAAGACCUGGUCUGUCAACUCGGUCCACAUUUGGCCGAACUGUCUGAGGCUGAAAUUCUUUUUCUAGGUCCUGUGGACGCAUCAGGCAGCCUGAAACACACCUCCUUGCUGUUCGCUCUGCCCUCUCUCCUCUUCUCUUCCGAGGCCGCCGGCAACGGGUCAGGCGAAAACACGGAUUUUUCAAUGUCCUGGCUUGUCGGCUGGCUGACCGACCGUCUCCGUCCGAAGGAAGCUGGCUCCAUCGAGUCGACCAGACUGGAGGCUAAAGGACGACUCUGUCCAACUGACCGGGAAUUAGAAUCCUCCGGUCAGACCAACACUUCAGGCUGUCCUGGAGGAUCUGAAGAGCGCUGUGUUGAGCAGAUAAUAUUACUGGAUGAGCUGGGCUGUGAGCUGUUGCCACGGCCACUGACGGAUGGGCCGCCGAACAAACCAUCCCUUCGGCAGGAAGGCCCACACUCACAGAAAUCCUCAAAUGCCUCUUCUUCCAAUCUUCUCCCCUCUCCCUCCUCUCGCCUCAAGAUCCCUAGGAGGUCGUCUUUUCAGCGACCGCGUCGUCCUGGCUUGUUACUCUGGCCGACUUCACAACUUGACACACAGACCUCGUGCUUUAGGGCCUACCGGUUCGCCUGGCCGCGCAUCGUCUGGAGGGCUGUUUGUGUGCCGGCCUCAGUGAGUUUCGGAUGGGUUCACGUACAUUAA